AUGGCUAUUGGUGACUAUCCAGUGUAUUAUAAGCAGCCCAUUAGAUGGCUGAGUUAUCAUGCUCACACUCGUCCCCAUGUCUUUUACGCUAUUGCUGUUGCUGCGCUAGGCCCUGUUUUCAUGAUGGCCACCCCUCUUAGAAGAAAGUUUUUGUACGAUGAUCAUGAACCUUUGCCUGCCAAUGGUUACCCACUUCCAAAUAGAUCAAGAGACAAGACACUGACGGGUUACGACGAUUAA